AUCGAUGAUGUAAAAAAGACCCAGAGCCGGCGUUUUCCACAUCGUGGAUUGCCCACCUUAUCCAAUUGCAGUAGGAGUGCUAUAUCCUCGCGCCUGUUGCAUACAAAUGUCAGCAUGGCGUUCCAUUGGUGCGACAAUAACCUGCACACCACGGUGUUCACGCCGCGUGACUUCCAAGUGGAACUCUUGGCCUCGGCCUUCGAGCGCAACACAAUCAUCUGCUUGGGACAUCGAAGCUCUAAGGAGUUUAUUGCACUGAAGCUGCUGCAGGAGUUGUCCAGACAAGGACGACGCAAUGGUAAAGUGAGUGUGUACCUUAGCUGUCAGCUGAAUGCGGAGAACACGUCAAUGUACACAAUGCUCACACACCUCACUGAUCUCAAAGUGUGGCAGGAGAGGCAGGAGCUUCGAAUAGAUGUCAAUCAUUGCUGGACAGACUACCAUGUCAUCAUACUCAAACCAGAAUCCUUCCUGUCAUUGCUUUCUGCCAAGGAGCUAAUCCUAAGCAAUGUCCAGCUUAUCGUUCUGGAGGAUUGUCACGACAGCGCAGUCUACCGCAACAUUUUGCCCAUCUUCGAAGAAUACGUUCUGCCCGCGUCACCAGCAGAUAGACCCAGAAUAUUGGGAUUGGCGGGGCCAUUGCAUAGUGCAGGCUGUGAACUGGAGGAGCUUAAUGCAAUGCUGGAUACUCUGGAACAGCACAUGUUGUGUCGCAUCGAAACCGCCAGCGACAUUGUCACUGUGCUGCGAUAUUGUGCCAAGCCCCGUGAGUAUAUUGUGCAAUGUGCUCCCUUCGAAAUGGACCAGUUGUCCAGUGUGAUUGCCGAUAUUCUGAAUACCCAUAAGUCGUUCCUAAAAGACCAUCGCUACGAUCCAUUCGAAAUCUAUGGCACCGACCAGUUCAUGGAGGACCUAAAGGAUAUACCCGAUCCCAAGUUGGAUCCGCUCAAUGUGCUGGAUGCACUGCUCGCAGUGCUGCAUGAAAUGGGACCCUGGGGCACACAACGAGCUGCCCAUCACUUCUAUCAACGGAACGAGAAGCUUAAAGUGAAGACUCCCCAUGAACGUCACUACUUGCUCUUCUGUCUGGUGAACACGGCAUUGGUUCAAGUCCAUGCACUGUGCGACCAAACAUUCCAGAAGCAAUUGGCCGAGGAGCCACGUUGUACCAUCGAGCGCUAUUCCAGUCCAAAGGUGCGACGUCUGCUCAAAGUGUUACGUUGUUUUAAGCCCACCGAGACACACGCUCAGGCGGAUGGAUUGCGAAAGAUGCGGCACCAAGUGGAGCAGGCGGAUUUUAAUAAGUUAUCGCAUGCACUUAAAUCCAAAUGCCAUGUGGUGGAGCAACUGGAGCAACAGCAUGUAGAAACACGCGCAAUAGUUAGCAAUCUCGAGCAACUGCUUCAACCGUCGGACAAGGAACAAAUCGUAACAUCUACAAAGGACAAGAGUGAAGAGGCGACUCCAAUCCCACAACCACCAGCCACGGCCACAACGAAGGCCAAGUCCAACACACAGACGCACACGAGAAGGCGGACGCAUCCAAGGCGCCACAAUCGUUACCAGCAUGAUGCCAAUGAAACCCUCUGUGCACUCAUCUAUUGCAAUCAAAAUCAUACGGCUCGCGUGCUCUUUGAACUGCUGGCGGAGAUGAGCAGACGCGAUCCUGAUCUCAAGUUCCUGCGCUGCCAGUACACAACAGACCGCGUUGCAGAUCCCACUACCGAGCCAAAGGAGGCGGAGCAGGAGCAUCGACGACAGGAGGAAGUGCUGAAGCGCUUUCGAAUGCACGAUUGCAAUGUGCUCAUUGGCACUUCAGUGCUGGAGGAAGGCAUUGAUGUGCCCAAAUGCAAUCUGGUUGUUCGCUGGGAUCCACCCAUCACUUAUCGCAGCUACGUGCAGUGCAAGGGUCGAGCACGAGCUGCACCUGCAUACCAUGUCAUGCUGGUGGCACCAAGCUAUGACCAGUCUCCAACAGCGGCUGAUGACGCUGUGCAGCUGAACGAGCAGAGCCAUCGUUUUAUCUGUGCCACGACGGGCGAUGAUGCACAGCAGGAGCUUGACAGCGACUCGGAUGACUCGGCGCUGCCUAAUUCCCUUGCAUCAGAUCCCUACACUUUUGGCACUGCCCGUGGAACAGUGAAAAUACUCAAUCCAGAGGUGUUUAGCAAUCAGCCACCCACAGCGUGUGACAUCAAGUUACAAGAGAUUCUAGAUGAAGUUCCUCCAACUAGCUUACAAGAUACCGGCAACUCCAGUGACGAGGCUAUCAGUCUAACCAACACCACGCCCAGUGACAGAAGCGCCGAACGCAGACCCAAACAACGCUUUGAAUGCGAGCUGACCGCAUUGCCAGAUACCUCCGUCGUGUCCACUCCGGCCACAACAUCCACCGAUAGUCUGGCAAGCACCACCCAAGCGCUGGUUCACCAAAUGGCGCAAUAUCGUGAAAUCGAGCAGAUGCUUAUAUCCAAAUGCGCAAAUACAGAACCAGCUGAGGUGGAGCAACAGCAAGCAGAGCGUUAUACCAGCUGCUUGGCCGCCUAUCAACCCAAACCACAACUGUCGACAGGCGCCUCUGUGGAUCUCAGCACUGCCAUAGCAUUGGUCAACAAGUAUUGCGCCCGAUUGCCCAGCGAUACCUUUACCAAACUGACCGCCCUGUGGCGUUGUGCCCGCUCCGAGCGUCAGGGAGUUACGCUUUACCAGUACACAUUGCGUCUGCCCAUUAACUCACCCUUAAAGCAUGAUAUAAUUGGUCUUCCGAUGCCCACACAAAUCUUGGCACGUCGUCUGGCCGCGCUGCAAGCCUGUGUUGAGCUGCACAAAAUAGGGGAACUGGAUGAUCAGCUGCAGCCUAUUGGCAAGGAGGGAUUUCGCGCAUUGGAACCCGACUGGGAAUGCUUCGAUCUGGAGCCGGAGGAUGAACAAAUAGUCCAACAAAACGAUGAACCACGUCCGGGAACAACUAAACGAAGACAAUAUUAUUAUAAACGCAUUGCUUCCGAAUUCUGUGAUUGCCGUCCUGUGGCUGGUGUUCCCUGCUAUUUGUACUUUAUUCAGUUAACGCUGCAGUGUCCGAUUCCCGAGGAGCAAAACACACGCGGUCGUAAGAUCUAUCCACCGGAGGAGGCCCAACAGGGAUUUGGCAUACUCACACUGAAGCGCAUACCCAAGCUAAGCGCCUUCUCCAUAUUUACGCGAUCCGGCGAGGUUAAAGUUUCACUGGAAUUGUCAAAAGAUCGUGUUGUGCUAACCCAGAAACAAAUUGACUGCAUUAAUGUCUUCCUGAACUAUACGUUCACAAAUGUGCUGCGCCUGCAAAAGUUUCUCAUGCUCUUCGAUCCAGAUUCCACUGAGAACUGUGUGUUUAUUGUGCCGACUGUAAAGACACCGCAGGAAGACCGUCUAAUAGACUGGAAAUUCCUGGAACUGAUAGAAGCCAAUGGCAACAUGAUGCCACAGCCUGUGACGGAGGGAGACAGGCAAGCACAGCCUUUCGAUGCGCAACGUUUCCAAGACGCCGUUGUUAUGCCCUGGUAUCGUAAUCAGGAUCAGCCGCAAUACUUUUACGUAGCCGAGAUUUGUCCACAUCUCUCACCCCUCAGCUGUUUUCCUGGUGACAAUUAUCGCACCUUCAAGCAUUAUUAUCUGGUCAAAUAUGGUCUAACCAUACAAAAUACCGCACAACCUCUACUGGAUGUGGAUCACACGAGUGCGAGAUUAAAUUUCCUAACGCCACGAUAUGUGAAUCGCAAGGGCGUGGCACUGCCCACCAGUUCCGAGGAAACGAAGCGAGCCAAGCGUGAAAAUCUCGAACAGAAGCAAAUUUUAGUGCCAGAACUGUGCACUGUGCAUCCCUUCCCUGCCUCCUUGUGGCGCACUGCUGUCUGUUUGCCCUGCAUCCUUUACCGCAUCAAUGGACUGCUCCUGGCCGAUGAUAUUCGCAAGCAGGUCUCUGCCGAUCUUGCACUGGGUCGUCAGCAGAUUGACGACGAACACUUUGAGUGGCCAAUGCUAGACUUUGGCUGGAGUCUGUCGGAGGUGUUGAAGAAAUCGCGGGAAUCUAAACAGAAGCCAAACAGCAAGGAUUUGUCCAAUAAAACCGAGGAUGAGCCUGACCAGGAGAAGGCGACGGAAGAGCCGAUUAUUGAAAAACCAGCAAAGAGUGCAAUUGAAUUGGUUAUUGAAGGCGAGGAACAGUUGAAAAAUGCAGAUGACUUUAUCGAGAUCGGCACCUGGUCGAACGAUAUGGCCGAUGACAUUGCCGACUUCACGGAUGGCGAUGAGGAUGAGGAGGACGAAAAUUAUCUACCUGUGCUGCCCGCCAAUGUAAAGUUCUGUGAUCAGCAGACACGAUAUGGUUCUCCUACCUUUUGGGAUGUGAGCAACAGCAGCGCCUUCAAGCAAUCAGCAUCUGGCCAGCCACGAAGCAGCAAACCAAGGGGAGGAGGAGCUCCUGUUGGAGGUGGCGCAGCCAGAGGUGAAGGAAAGCCAAAGUACAGCUACUAUGACUCGGACAAUUCGCUUAGCUCAAGCUAUGAUGAUGAUGAUCAUGUGGGACCGAGUCAUCGUUACAGUUCCGAUGACGAUGAUGGAGCGGAUGAUGUUGGCCACAUAGAGUUCACCUCGAAGAACGAAGCGGAGGCCAUAGAAACAGCGCAGGAAGUAGAAAAGAGGCAAAAACAACUGUCCAUCAUACAGGCAACCAACGCGAAUGAGCGACAGUACCAGGAGACCAAGAACCUGCUCAUCGGCUACAACUUUGAGCAGACGCAGCAGAAGAGCACGGCCAACUAUGACCAAUCCAUAGUUCGCUUCAAAUCGGAAAUUGAGACCUGUGGCAUGUUAGUUCCACACGAUCAAGAGCUGGCGUUUAAACGAGCUGAAGGCGUCGCAACGUUGACUGAUCAGGAUGUAACUUGCCGGCAAGUGGAGCUGCUCAAGGAACUCUUACCAUAUGUUACGGAGGCACAAUUGUUGUCCAAAUUGAGCAACAAAAAUCAGCUACAGCUUUCCGAUUUCAUCGAGCUCAAUGCGGAGUGGUUAAUUCAGCAGAAAGAUAGUGAAAACUACCACGUGUUGGGAUGUGGCGAUAGCUUUGAUAACUACAAUGAUCAAAAUCGACUGAACCUGGACAAUAAGCAACUGAGGCUGCAGUUUACGCUGGAGCUGGGAAUAAACUCAGAUCCAGUUAGCAAUAAUACUGACAUAGCAUUAACAAGCUGGCCUGGCAACAGCUUUAGCUUCGAUCAUCAGCCAGAGCUGGUGGGACAUCCGGGACCCAGUCCGAGCAUCAUCCUGCAGGCACUUACAAUGUCCAAUGCCAACGAUGGCAUUAAUCUGGAGCGAUUAGAAACUAUUGGUGACUCGUUUCUGAAGUACGCCAUUACCACGUAUCUGUACAUCACGUACGAGAAUGUUCACGAGGGUAAACUGAGUCAUCUACGCUCCAAGCAGGUGGCCAAUCUCAAUCUGUAUCGUCUGGGUCGGCGCAAGCGACUGGGCGAGUAUAUGAUAGCUACUAAGUUUGAGCCGCAUGACAAUUGGUUGCCUCCCUGCUAUUACGUGCCCAAGGAGCUGGAGAAGGCGCUGAUUGAGGCAAAGAUACCAACGCAUCAUUGGAAGCUGGCUGAUCUUCUCGAUAUUAAGAAUCUGAGCAGCGCUCAAAUUUGCGAACUUGUGCGUGAAAAGGCCGAGGCAUUGGGCUUAGCUGGCAGCUUGGAGCAGCCUCCACCAACCACACAACAGAUAACCCAAAACGCUAAUCUGGAUGAUUCCAAUGAAACCACCGAUUUCAGUUGCUUCAUUCCUUAUAAUCUGGUAUCCCAGCACAGCAUACCAGACAAGUCCAUAGCUGACUGUGUGGAGGCACUGAUAGGCGCGUACCUAAUCGAGUGUGGACCACGUGGAGCAUUACUCUUCAUGGCCUGGUUGGGAGUACGUGUGUUGCCAUACAAAUUGGAGCCGGCAGCAGAGGAGGAGCAACGUAAGCCGGGCACAAGCAAACCAAACGCCAAGAACAUGGUCGCAGUUUAUGGUGAUUGGCCAACACCUCGAAGUCCUCUCCUGCACUUUGCACCCAAUGCCACUGUUGAGCUGGAGCAUCUGCUAAGCGGCUUUGAAGAGUUCGAAGCAAACUUGGGAUACAAAUUCCGAGACCGUUCAUACUUGCUGCAGGCCAUGACGCAUGCCAGUUACACCCCAAAUCGUUUAACUGAUUGUUACCAGCGUCUGGAAUUUCUGGGCGAUGCCGUGCUAGAUUAUCUGAUAACACGGCAUCUGUACGAGGAUCCUCGGCAGCACUCGCCUGGUGCACUGACUGAUCUACGCUCUGCUCUGGUCAACAAUACCAUCUUCGCCUCGUUGGCUGUGCGACAUGGCUUCCAUAAGUAUUUCCGGCAUUUAUCACCUGGCCUAAACGAUGUCAUCGAUCGCUUUGUGCGCAUUCAACAGGAAAAUGGACACAGCAUUAGUGAGGAGUACUAUCUGCUGUCGGAGGAGGAAUGCGAUGAUGCCGAGGAUGUUGAGGUGCCCAAGGCCUUGGGUGAUGUAUUUGAAUCAAUUGCCGGUGCCAUAUUUCUAGACUCCAGUAUGUCACUGGAUGUUGUGUGGCAGGUCUACAGCAACAUGAUGAAGCCGGAGAUUGAGCAAUUUAGUAAUUCUGUGCCAAAGUCACCCAUAAGAGAGCUGCUUGAGCUGGAACCGGAGACUGCCAAGUUUGGCAAGCCGGAAAAACUGGCUGAUGGACGACGAGUACGCGUCACCGUUGAUGUCUUCUGCAAGGGCACCUUCCGUGGCAUUGGACGCAACUAUCGCAUUGCCAAGUGCACAGCGGCCAAAUGCGCAUUGCGACAAUUGAAGAAACAGGGCUUAAUUGCCAAAAAAGACUAACACUGUAGUCGUAGUUAAUACAUGUACAUAUGUACUGCAUCAAAGCUCCAAUAAUCUUAACAUUUUAUAUAAAGAUUCUAUGUAGUGUCCAUAUCAACAUAUAAUUGUUUUUAAUUAAAAUAAACCAAUUUUCCGAAAAAUACUUUCUCACA